GUGCACCACCGACCACGACAACUCAGUCUGUUUUGGUAUUGCGUCAGGGUAGGUUCUAAUCGCGUUUCAAAUUUUGCAAGUCAUCGAAGAAAACAUAACAAAACUCUGAUGAAAUGUUGGCAAACAAUUUGUUAAAACAACGUCAAAGCGUCUAUAUUUUAAAUGGCUUGACGAAACAGUUUUCGGCAGCGGCGGCGGCAGAGGUUAAGAGUUCCCAGAGAGUGGCAGACAAGUCUCUCGGCGAAACAUUAGACAACGAAUGGCAAUAUGGUAAACCCUACAAAUCGCUGCCGGGACCCACAAAAUUGCAAUUGGUUCGGGGCUUUCUCAAAGGAGGAGAAUUCCACGGCAAACCUUUUGACAUCGUGAUACGAGAAUGUCGUCAACGUUAUGGUGACAUUUAUUUGUUGCCGGGAAUGUUUGGUCUACCAACAAAUUUGGUAACCUUUAAUUUGGCCGAUCAUGAGAAGGUCUUCCGUACUGAGGGCUCCUAUCCGGCAAGGCCAGGGUUCGAGGUAGUGGCCUAUUAUCGUUUGUCGCGCAAGAACUCAAUGUACACGGAUGAGUAUAUGGGCGUGGCUGGAGAUGGUGAAAACUGGGGCAAGUUCCGUCACAUGGUAAAUCCGGUGCUGAUGCAACCCAAGAAUACCAAACUCUACAUUGAACCCUUGCAGGCAGUCAAUAAAGAAUUUAUUGAAAGAAUUCGCCACUUACGUGACCCCAAAACGUUAGAAGUGCCCCCAACUUUUCUCUACGACAUAAAUCGCUUAUCUCUAGAAUCUGUGGCCCACAUUGCCCUGGAUAAACGAAUGGGUCUCUUGCAAAAUCAACCCCUUUCCGAUGAGUCGAAAGCCAUCUUCGACAACCUCUUUUCAUUUGGUGAUGCCAUCUAUGAGCUGGGUGUACAACCAUCCAUUUAUAAAUAUAUCAAGACGCCGGCCUAUAAACGUUUCGAAAAAUCCAUGGAUAUUAUCUAUGAAAUAUGUCAAAAAUAUGUGGCGGAGACUCUGGAGAGGUUAGAGAAGAACCCCCCUGCCGAGGGCGAAGAGAAAAGCAUUUUGGAAAAACUAUUAAAAAUCGAUCGAAAAAUGGCCAUAAUAUCGGCCAUAGAUUUGCUUAUGGGCGGUGUAGAAAUCACCUCAACCGUGUUGUCGGCCAUAUUUUUGUGCCUUGCCAAAAAUCCGGCGAAACAAGAAAAGUUACGUCAAGAAAUCCUUACAAAUGUUGGACGGCACGAAGAUUUCUCCAUUGAAAAUAUGAAAAAUCUCCCCUAUCUAAGGGCCUGCAUUAAGGAGGCCCUGCGUAUCUAUCCCGUGAUAUUCGGUAAUGUACGGAUAUCGGGACGUGAUUUAAACCUAAGUGGUUAUCAAAUACCCAAGGGUACCAAUAUUUUCAUGGCUUCCAAUAUGCUACUGAAAGAGGCAAAAUAUUUCCCCAAACCAUUGGAAUUUAUACCCGAACGUUGGCUGAGAUCCAUUGAACCCGGCAUGGAGGAGUUCUCAUCGAAGAACAUUAAUCCAUUUAUAUUUUUACCAUUCGGUUUUGGACCCCGCUCAUGUUUGGGCAAACGUAUUGUCGAUAUGGAAAUGGAAAUAACAGUGGCCAAUAUCUUGAGGAAUUUCAACAUGGAAUAUCAUUAUCCGACGGAAAAUGCUUUCAGAACUUAUUUUAUGAACACAUGUGUACUGCCGCUGAAAUUUAAGUUCAGCGAUUUGAAAUGAGAAUCACACAGAACUGCAAUAAAUAAUAAAUAAAUCUGAAAAAAUUCAAAUGGAUUUUGAAAGAA